AUAUUAUGAAUAGAUCAUAGUGAAGACACAGCCUCGUGAAGAAGCGGUCUACCAAAUAUUUCGCACAUCAGUAAGAUAACAACCUCUUUGAACGAUUCUUUUCAAUACAUUUUUCCAAUUGUUCGGUGCACACCACGCCUGAAAAAUAAACCCUCGACCGAGACUCAAAUACACCGUGUUACAAUCACUUUUUUGUCUUGUUCGUAUCGCAAACGACUUCUAAGAAUAUCAGCCAUGUCUAAUCAACUCGCGAACAUGGAUCCUUUCGAUAUCGACCCAGAGAUGGCGACUAUCAUUCACGAGAUGAGCGAUGAGGAAUUACUCGAUUUUAUAAAAGUACAGCAGGAUCACGAUGAAGAUGGGAUUGAGCUGUAUAUCUAUGUUCUCCUCCUCAACUUCACGCGGACUGGAUCCAUUGAGCAUCUAGAGGCAGCGAUCCUGCAAGCAGAAGGCUGGAUUGCAGAAACUGCAAGUGAUGAUCCAAAGAAGUCACAUCGUUCGGGGAUCCACAAUCUUCUUGUGGCAAACAAGAUACAGGCAGACGAACGAAACGAGGACGUGACAAUAAAUGAUGAUUGGUUCGAGUCGCACGGGAUUGGAGUUGUGAAUAAUGAAAACCUGUAUUACUUAAUCAACAAGACCAAAGCUUGGUUGAUCAUUGCGAGUUCUGAUCAUCCCCAACGACUGGCGGCAAUGGAGAUCUUGUCCUUCUGCUACAAGCAACUAUUUCAGGCCAGUGGUGACUUAACUCAUCUCUCUACCUCUAUUGGUAUUACAGAGGAGAUGAUAGCCAUAACCUUUGACGACAAUGUCCAACAAGCCAGGCACUUCGCAAAGCUGGCUGAACUCCAGCAAACGCGUUACAUGCAGACAAGAGAUCCAGAAGAUCUAAAUAACGUCGUGGAAGCCAUCGAUAUGGCCGUCUCUCUCACAACUUACGACGAUUACGACAACCGAGCUAAUCGCUUGGACUUUCUCGGGGCAAGCCUAGGGAAUCGGUUCUCUGUUGCAAGAGAAAAAGAGGAUCUUGAUCGUGGAAUCGAAGCUGUAGAGAAGGCAGUGGCGCUAAGAACUUCCGAAGGUCAUGAUAAAACACAGCAGCUCUUCACCCUCGACAAUUUGAUGCUUAAGCGUUGGGCAUUCACGAAAGCUAGAGAGGAUCUCGAUCACGUACUCGAAAAUCGAGACAUGAUCCUAGCUGUUGAGACUAGAAUCGAUGAUCGAGUAGAGUGGUUGUAUCAAUUCAGAGACCUGGCCGAACUGAAAUUCGACGAAAAUGGAGCGAUCGAAGAUUUAGACCGUGCUGUGGGAGUAGCCAACCUUGCCGUCAAGUAUACUACAGUCGACGAUGUUCCAAGUCAAACACUCCACCAAGACAAGCUAGCACGGUUGCUGAAAACAAGAUUUGAUGCGACGUCAACAACAGAAGAUCUAAAUCAGAUCAUUGAGAUCCGCGAGACAGCUUUGAUCACCGCACCCGAUCAUGCUCGUCGGCUUCACUGGUUGGUUGAACUCGCAACCUUGCUCGAUAAACGGUUCAAAAGAUUCGAAGAUGUCCCAGAUCUAGAUCGUUCAAUAACUCUUGCUCGAUUAGCCGUCACAGAGGUUGACCACGAUGACCACAAAAAUUAUAGUGGCCUUUUGAGCAACUUAGCAACAACUUUGAGGGUGCGGUUCGCUCAGACCGGACAAAGAGAGGAUCUCAACAGAGCCGUUGAAGUAGGUGAAAGGGUGUUAGACGCUCUUGCGCCGGAACAUCCGGAAAGGUCAAGCUUCCUCACUAAUUUUGCAUAUAUCCUCAAUGUCCGAUAUGACCAAACGGGCAAUCAAGAUGAUCUGAAACGAAUAAUCGAAACCUUUGAAGAGGUGGUCACCCUUUUGACUCCCGACAGUCCUAUCUACGCUAGCAGUUUGAGCAGCUUUGCAACAGCACUUAGCAAGCGAUUUGAGGUAACAGAAUCGAUGGAUGAUCUAGCCCGCGCUUUGAAAUAUGGAAAAAUGGCUACAGCUGCAAUUUUGCCUCACAGUCCCUUCCGCUCAUUAUGUUUUGCCAACCUUGGGAAACUUCUCGAUUUACAGUUCGUACGUACUCAGAAUCCAGAAGACAAAGAUGCUUCGAUCGAGGCAACAGAAACUGCACUUGCAACUGCAGCUGACAACGACUCUGGUCGCAUUAUUACGAUGAGUAACCUUGCAAGCGCUCUUGUUGGCAGACUGUUCAAAGAGACGGGGAAGGCCUAUCAUCUCAACCAAACUGUGGAGAUUAUCAAGACUGCUGUCGAAGUGCUGCCCCCAAGUAACGCUGACCGAGCCAGAAUAUUUUACAAAGCUGGAUUCCACCACCUUUAUCGAAAUUCAGAACUUGGUGACGACCAAGACUUGGAAGAAGCCUGUGUACUUUUCAAAGCAGGACUUGGAUGUGAGAAUUCUAUACCAACGCAUCGUAUACUGUGCGCAGAUAGUGCUGCCAGGGUGCGUGCUGAUCAGCAGAAUUGGGAAGAUUCGACGUUUUUCUAUGAAGCAGGACUGAACCUGCUCCCAGUGGUGAGCCCGAGAUCACUGAAGCAUUCUGAUAAGCAAUACACACUUGGUCAUUUUGCUGGUUUGGCUGCUCGUGGAGCCGGUGCUGCCCUGAACGCAAAGAAACAAGCAUCUGAUGCUUUAACACUCCUGGAGCUCGGUCGUGGUGUUAUUUCGGGCUUGAUCUUGGAAAUGCGGACUGAUAUCACGGAGCUGAGAGAAAAUCACCCUAAAUUGGCCGAACAAUUUACGUCUCUCCGGGAUGAGCUUGAUGCUCCAAACGAAGGACCUAUAUCUUUAGCAGAUAUCGACAAUCUACCAUUGGCCAAAUUGGAAGCAAAGCGCAGUCAAGAGACAGAUCAGAAGUUCAAAGAGGUUCUUGCCAAAAUACGUCAAUUACCGAAUUUUGAAGGAUUCCUGCUUCCCCCCACAGUGGAUCAAAUCAAAGCUGCUGCUAGCAAAGGUCCUAUUGCUGUCAUAAAUGUCAGUCGAUAUCGGUGCGACGCUUUUCUCAUCACUAGCUCUGAAAUCAAAGUAUUGGAGCUGCCAAAUCUUCAUGAAAGAGAAGUAAAUGAACACGCGAUGGUACUCAAUGCGGUGGGAGUUACCUCUUCCUUGCUAGAGUGGCUUUGGGACGUUGUCGCACGUCCCGUGCUAGAAGCAUUGGGGUUCAAGCAAACGCCAUCUGAUGAUGAUUGGCCACAUUUAUGGUGGAUACCAACUGGCGCACUUACUCAGCUCCCGAUCCAUGCUUCGGGAUAUCAUUUCAGAGGUUCUACCGAAACAGUGAUCGACAGAGUUAUUUCUUCCUACAGUUCUUCUGUCAAAGCCUUGAUAUAUGGUCGCCGCAACGAUGUUCGACAACAGCCAGUGACCGAUGUCCCUGAUGAUAGGAAGAAAAGUCCUGACAUUUCUCUAUUAGUUGGAAUGUCAAAGACUCCCGGGCUUCAUGUAAACUCAGAUCUCCCAUAUGCAGCAGAAGAGGUGGAGAUGCUGGAUGACCUUUGCGCAUCGAUGGGGCUAGAGACAGUCCAACCCGCUCGUUCCAGAAAAGAGGUGUUGAGGUAUAUGAGCACCUGCUGCAUCUUCCAUUUCGCUGGCCACGGACAAACCGAUCCCUCAGACCCAUCUCGGAGUUGUCUACUCCUUGACGACUGGAAAACUAAUCCUUUGACAGUGGGAGAUCUUCGAGACUCCAAUAUGGCAAAUAAUCCGCCAUUCCUAGGAUACCUGUCCGCCUGCUCCACUGGUGCUAACAAAGCCAAAGGACUACUUGACGAGGGUAUUCAUCUCAUCAGUGCAUUCCAGCUCGCCGGUUUUCGCCACGUUAUUGGAACCCUCUGGGAAGUAUCAGACCGACACUGCGUGGAUGUUGCGAGAGUACUAUACGAGACGAUUCAAGAUGAAGGCAUGACAGAUAAAGCCGUACACCGAGGGCUUCAUCGUGCUGUCAGGGCGCUGCGAGAUGGAUAUGUGGAAGAGCGAAGAGCAAUGGGUGCGGCGAGCCAGUCGCCUUGCAAUGAGAAUUUAUCGCAAGAGAAUCCGCAGUAUUGGGCCCCUUAUGUUCACUUUGGAGUUUGAAGAGACAGCCUAAGCGAGCCCCUGAAUUAGCACGACUUUUAGAAUCAGUAUUUCCAC